AUGGUCUCUGAGCUAAUCGGCAUUCCAGUUCCCAGCCGAGUUGGCUCGCUCCCAAGUUCCGUUCCUGAAGCAAUAUCUGGCUUUCGGUUUCCAGCUGCAGAAGGCACAGGCACACGCUGGGCAACGGAGCUGGUCCUCCGUAGAGACUCAUCUUCAACUACCAAAGUUUCCAUCGUUCCUGGUUCAGAGAGCAAUGUGCCGAAGCUCGUUGAGCCACUUUUCGAAAAGUUCAAAGCGGCUACGGGCCUAGAUGCGAUUUCGGGUAUCAUUGAGGAAGCGCAGAAUGCGCUCAAAACUGCCUCUAACGGGACAUCCAGGGCUUACUACGAUGACGUCCUACGCAUCGAAGUACGCGGACCCAAUCAGCCACAUUUAACGCUGAUCGACUUGCCGGGUAUCAUCUAUGCACAUGGUGACAAGAGGAGAGACCCGACAUUCAAGGAUAUCCUAUUGCAGCUUCUUGACAUAUACCUCAAGAAUGAGCGCGCCAUUAUCAUGGCAGUAAUCCACGGCAACUUAGACCCGGAGUUGAAUUUGAUCCUCGACGUGAUUAAGGAAUAUGAUCCGAAAGGUUCCAGAACCCUCGGCGUCGUUACAAAGCCAGACUUGAACCCUGGGCCUGAGAUGGAGGACAGAGUUUUCAAGAUCCUCGCGAAUGAAGAUCCUCUCUGCAUUUUCGGCGAGACCGACUUCUUCAGCCAAGAUCGAUGGGUGGAUCUGGAUGAGAACCCCAAGGGUGUCAAGUCAUUGAGGACGCGAUUGAGUAAGGCUAUCCGCGAUGCCGUUAGCGCAGCAUUGCCAGAGCUCAUGACCCAAAUCGACCGGGGCAGCGUAACGUGCGAAGAGCUUCGAGAACUUGGUGGUGAAGGCCAAAAUCGAGAUAAGCGACGGAUUCGUGCCCAGAUUUUUCACCAGAACCAAGCGUUUGAGAACCACAUGUUGACUCAAGGGAAGAGAAUGCGAAUCGUCGAAGUGCUACCUGAAGGCCAUCCUGCCAAUUGGACUCUUUGGGCUCAAGAAGUAGCACGCGUUCAGACUCUGGAGGCUGCCAAUGCUGGGAUUAACCUGCCAGGCUUCCCAAACGCCGCUCUGAUUACGGAUCUCUACCAAGCUGAGGUGCAGAAAUGGCCGAACAUUGUCAACAUUCAACAGAAUGAAGCGUGGCUAUAUGUGCAACAAUUCUUCGACCAAGCUCUUGUGUACUUGACAGACAAGCGUGUUGCGGGUCUAGUGAUGGAAGAAAUCAUUGGACCUGCAUUGGAGGCAAGGAAGCAAGAGUUGGAUCGGAUAUGUAGAAUGCUUUUGAAGCCGCACAUCAGCGGAAUUCCCAUGACCUGCGCCCCGGAAUAUCUCAACAAGCUAGCAGCACUAAAAUCUAACAGACCCACGUCGCAGUCUUCCCCCACGAUUUUUAUUGACAAUAUAAUCGUGCUCGGAAUCGAGAACUGUUUGCUUGAAGGUCUCGAGGAUAUCCUUUCUGCCGAAAUGGUGGCUACCAUGUCCACCGAAGAUUGCAAUCGUCUUGUUGGAGAAACCGAGACUCUAGAGAAGAUAAAGAGACAGCAGGACAAAUUGGAGACAUGUAGAAGCUGCAACAAGACCUUGCGAAGGUUUAAGACAAGUGGGGGUUCAUUCCCAACUGUGAACGUCGAGUCAACUCAAUCGCAGAAAGCAGAUGAACGCAGCUCGCAUCUAGCAGCUCGGCCCACCACUCCACAAACACAGGCCAUGGGUCCUGCGAGUUCUCUGGAAAUCCUUAGCAGCGAUCAAUCUUCGAACUAUGCGUUCUCCGGUGCAUCGAGAGAAGCAAGCCCAGCUGGUACCUCAGUGGCAAGUCAAUCGCCAGCCACAACGGGCCUUUACGAAUCAAGGGAAAUUGACAACGUCGAAAAGUCGAGCCAAUAA